AUGGAGACUACAAACAAUGUGACAGAAUUUGUUCUUCUGGGACUUACACAAAACCCAAAGAUGCAGAAAAUAGUAUUUGCUGCAUUUUUGCUCAUCUACAUUAUCUCUAUAGUAGGAAAUUUGCUCAUUUUGAUAACCAUCACUAGCAGCUCAUUGUUGGGAUCCCCCAUGUACUUUUUCCUGGCCUAUCUCUCCUUUAUCGAUGCCUGCUAUGCCUCUGUCAACAAUCCUAAACUGAUUAGAGAUGCACUCCAUGAAAAGAAGACCAUCCUUUUCAAAGGAUGCAUGGCACAAGUCUUUGGGGAACAUUUCUUUGGAGGUGUAGAGGUCAUUCUGCUGACAGUGAUGGCCUAUGACCGCUACGUGGCCAUCUGCAAGCCCUUGCACUAUACAACCAUCAUGAACUGGAGAGUGUGUGCCCUGCUAGUGGGAGUGUCCUGGAUGGGAGGCUUUCUCCAUGCAAUCAUUCAGCUCCUCUUCAUCUUACCACUACCCUUCUGUGGCCCUAAUGUCAUUGAUCACUUUAUGUGUGAUCUGAACCCUUUGCUCAAUCUGGCCUGCACUGACACCCACACUCUGGGGCUCUUUGUUGCUGCCAAUAGUGGAUUCAUCUGCCUGUUAAACUUCCUCCUCCUGCUGGUCUCCUAUGUGGUCAUCCUGCACUCCCUGAGGACCCACAGCCUGGAGGGUAGGCGCAAGGCCUUGUCCACCUGUGUCUCCCACAUCACGGUGGUUGUCCUGUUCUUUGUUCCCUGCAUAUUUGUGUACAUGAGACCUCCUGCUAAUUUACCCAUUGAUAAAGCAGUUGCUGUAUUCUAUACCAUGAUAACUCCCAUGUUAAAUCCUGUGAUCUACACUUUGAGAAAUGUUCAGAUGAAAGAUGCUAUGAGAAAAUUGUUUAGUAGGAAAUUGCUUGAUAAAUGA